ACUCGUUAGUAAAGAAGCAACUACCCUAGUCGCUUGGUUCUUCACUUCCAACGGGAAGUUGUUCGUCGUGAGACGCCAACGAUUGCAUGUCCUCCGGGUCAUGAGUGGACGUGGAGGGGCGAUUGAUUACGGGAUUGGAGCAAUGGCACCGUCAAGCGCACCGCCUUGUUCGCGUUGCAUAUGUUCCAUUGCCAUCAGCCUGGUUUGUUGUUAGCGAGUAUCGGUGCCCUCUGCAGCGGUGGCAGAGGUAGACCCGAGUUUUUAGUCCUUGCUCACGCACGUCAUGCCCGCAUUCCGCAGGACGAUUCACCGUGGAUAUAAAUCCGAGCCGAAGUGGACGUGUACUCUUUCGGUUUAGCGCUCAUAAGUCUCUUUUGGUGUAGCGAGGGGAAUCUACGAUACAAAGAGGAGUGCUCUGUUGACUUGGUUCUGUGUUGACACUUGCAAGGAUUGUGCAUGAAAUCAGUAAAUUUGUUGAAAGGAACGCCUUCAUCCUAAAUUUUCAUGGAACAAGACUGCUGUUCUUACACAAGAAAGGGUUUUGGAGGUUUUUCAGAGCCUCACACAUCGAACAUCGUAGUCCUAGCUGUUGUGUCUCGAUUAUUGUAGCUUAUUAUAUUUAGUCUUUACGGUUACAUUUCUUGGACAUGUUAUGGGUAAGCACACCUUUGUUUUUAACUUCUCAGGUUGCUUGUGUUUACUUUUAGCGUGUGUAGCAUGAACAUUCAGACUUAUUCCAAGGCCAAAAGAUUGUGGCCUUUAAGCAACCUUUUCCCUAGUGUAGGGAACCCUCAUCCUUUUUUAAAAUUCGCUUGCACAAGUUGAACUUAAAUCCUUGCAAUUUUCCGUUUGCUUAAGUAGUUAAAAUUGUUCGCCAUGACGGCUCGGGCUUUGCGGAGAUUGGUGGACACCGUUUCCAGAGAUGUAUUUGAGGAUAUUUACAGAUGUAGCGAAAUGAAGCAAACUGGGGUGAGUCUCAAGUACAUGAUGGAUUUUGGGUCCUAUCCAUCGAAGAAGAAUCUUCUUUUGUCGUCGCAGUUUCUGCACAACGAACUUCCUGUUCGCCUGGCUCAUCGAGUGACUGAGCUUGAGAAUCUACCUCACGGACUUUCUACCAAAGCCCCUGUCCUCAAAGUUCGUGAUUGGUACCUGGAUUCUUUUAUGGACCUUCGAAACUUCCCUGAGAUUCAAGAUAUGGAAGACGAGACAAGAUUUACUAAUCUUAUAACGAGGGUUAAAAUGCGGCAUAAUGAUGUUAUGCCUACUAUGGCAAUGGGAAUUCAGCAGUUGAAGGAGGAUUUGGGUCGCAAAGUCGGUCUAAACGAGAUUCCUGAAAUUCACCAAUUUCUUGACAGAUUUUACAUGUCACGAAUCGGUAUCCGAAUGCUUAUUGGGCAACAUAUUGCAUUGCAUAAUUCUCCUCCUCCCACCUACAUCGGCCUCAUCUGUACGAGUGUUUCUCCUGUGGAAGUUGCACAAAAUGCUAUAGAUGAUGCUCGAUCUGCAUGUAUGCGCACAUAUGGAAGUGCACCUGAAGUUCACGUUUAUGGAGAUCCAAAUUUUACAUUUCCGUACGUUCCUACGCAUCUACACCAAAUGCUGUUUGAGUUGAUCAAGAACUCUUUACGUGCAGUUCAAGAGCGUUUCCAAGAUGCUGACCAUGAGUGUCCUCCUAUUCGUGUUGUUGUAGCUGAUGGUAUUGAGGACGUUACAAUCAAGAUUUCGGAUGAAGGAGGUGGUAUUCCCAGGAGUGGGCUACCAAAAAUCUGGACGUAUUUGUACAGUACAGCGAAGAAUCCAGUGGUGCUUGAUCGGCAAGAUCAUGAGUUGCCUAAUGUUAUGGCUGGGUAUGGUUAUGGUUUGCCUAUCAGUCGACUUUACGCGCGUUAUUUCGGAGGUGAUCUACAAGUAAUAUCUAUGGAGGGAUAUGGUACUGAUGCUUACUUACACCUUAACAGGCUUGGAAAUGUUCAAGAGCCUCUGCCCUAGUUCAUAAAUGAGAUUAAAACGAGUAGUUUUGGGUCACUGAUAAUUGGUAGUUUUUAGGAGAUUCGCACAGUGAGUUGUCUUUUUCUCUUUUGGUUCUUUAAUUUCGAGCCUCAUGAUAGACCUAGCUUCUACCCACGUUCAUUUUUGUGAGGGACGGUUUUCACUUUCAACCACUACCUAUGACUCAAAAUGAAAGAGGCUUUUUCUUCCUGCGAAUUCUUCUAAUUGUUCCGCUUUAGUAAUACCAGCAACAGAAUCAUCGUCUCAGCACCAGUAAGGAAUUCAACCUAGCCAUACCCAUUAUGUAUACAGAACAUUGUUUUGAUCAUUCAAAAGAUGCUAUAGGAGUGUUUGCAGAAUGAGUACUUAAA